AAGUGACAUUAAUUAACUUUUGCUUCGCGAGCUCGUUGUUCAAUUCGGUGAUUUGGAAAUUUUGGGCCAGUUUUUUCACUUUCGCACAAAGUCUUUGAAUUGAGUGUGCAAUGGCGAGUCAAACGCAUGGAAUUCAGCAAUUGUUGGCCGCUGAAAAGCGAGCUGCAGAAAAGGUUGGCGAAGCACGGAAAAGAAAACAGCGUCGGCUGAAACAAGCCAAGGAGGAAGCCCAGGAAGAAAUCGAAAGAUACCGCCAGGAACGUGAUAGACAAUUCAAAGAGUUCGAAGCGAAGCACAUGGGUAGCCGCGAAGGUGUUGCGGCUAAGAUCGACGCUGACACGGUUGUUAAGAUAGAGGAGAUGAGCCGCUCGAUUUCCGUCAACAAGGCCGCUCUGAUUGACGAGAUUCUUCAGCUGGUUUACGACAUCAAACCGCAACUGCACAAAAAUUUUCAAAUCAUGGACAAGAAGUAAGGUAUCUUUCCUAUUUCAACACGAUACGGCUAGCAGAAUAGGAGCCAACACUAGUUUUAAAUCGAACAUCGCCACUCUGAAUGUUAAUUCUAAAUAGCAAGAUGCUGUAAAUAAUUGUUUCCCAGAACAUUUUUUUGGUGUUUCAUUGUUUACAGUUCAAGCUGACUGGAAUAAUGAAAUAGAAUCGGUUUAGAAGAUUUUCGUUUUGUGUUAUCAUAAGGUUAAUUUUGUAUUUAUUCGGAAAAAGUAUUACCUUUACAGAACCUGUUAACAGUACCCGUGUGGCUUUUGUUCAUUUCCAAAUUAAAUCGAAUUUAAAAAUGCAAGCUUGAGAUUCAUCACCUGGUCCGUGAUAUGUCGCAGUUUAUUACUAUUUACCCUAAAAUCAAUCGUAACCGAAGUCAUGACAAUAUUAAUCGUUAAAUGUCCAAAUCCGUAAAGCUUUCAACGUUUCGAUCGCCGCCUUGAUAUGUAUAAGGUGUUGAUCAACAUUUUUAAAUCUCUUGUCCGUUCUCAUUGUUUCUGUUAAACAAAUUGCAUCUUGACAAAAUUUACGAAUAUAUCUUCUCUACUCUCUGUAACGAGGCAACGGUCGCGGUACUAGUUCAUAUAGAUUUUUUGUGUUACAGCGCCAUCUAGUUAAAGCUAAAAGCAUGCAAUAGAUAAAAAUAGUGCAAGAUUGUAUCGGAUUACAUUACACUACGCAGCCAUGUAAAGUACAUAAAUUAUAUCUAUUAUGGAGUGAAUAUAUCGUUACGGAAAGAA